AUGUCAAUAUCAACAAUUCGUAGACAAAUGAAAAAUGUUGCAUGCAAUUAUUCAGAUGCCCAAGUUAAAGUUAGAGAAGCAACAAGCAAUGAUCCAUGGGGUCCUAGUACUGUUAUGAUGUCAGAGAUUGCUGAUUUAACAUAUAAUCCUGCAGCAUUUAAUGAUAUUAUGAUGAUGCUUUUUAAAAGAUUAAAUGAUCAUGGAAAAAAUUGGCGCCAUGUUUAUAAAAGUUUAAUACUUUUAGAUUAUAUUAUUAAAUGUGGAAGUGAAAGAAUUGCCCAACAGUGUAGAGAAAAUAUUUAUACUAUUGAGACAUUAAAAGAUUUUCAACAUGUUGAAGAUAAUAGAGAUCAAGGAUUAAAUGUUCGUGAAAAAGCAAAACAAAUGGUUAUAUUGUUAAAAGAUGAAGAAAAACUUAAAACUGAAAGACAAAAAUUCCAAGCAACAAGAAGAAGAUUUGUACAGUCUGAUAGUGUUAGAAAUGGAAAUGAGAGUAAUGUUAAUGGUAGAAUUUCUGAACUUGAAGAUGCAAGACCAUCAAGUUUAAGUGAAGAAGAAAUGCAAUUACAAAUUGCUUUAGCAUUAUCUAAAGAAGAAAUGAAAAAAGAAGAAGAUAUUAGAAAAGGAUAUCAUGCAAGACUUCAACAUGCAUUAGAAGAAUCUAAAAAAGAUAAUUCAGAUUCUUUAUCAAAUUUUGUUGAUAAACCAGAUAACAUUAAUGAUAUUAAUAAAAUUGAACAAAAUAAACCAACAACAAAUGUUAUUGAUGAUUUACUUUCAUUAGAAUUUGGAACACCAUCAUUAGGGGAAAGUCAUACUGCAACUACAAUUCAACCAAUAACUAAUGAUCCAUGGGCACCAUUAGAAAAUAAUUCAACUAAUUUAAAUCCUUGGAAUUUACCAACUUAUGAACAAUCAACAGCAUUACCAUCAACUGUUGAUCCUAUGUCUUUCAAUGUUUCAAAUAUCAAUAUGCCAAAUGAAACUGUAAAUAAUAAAGUUACAGAAAAUAAUACAAUGUUUUCAAUGUUUGAAAAAAAUGAACAAGAUAAAAAUGUAAUAAAAGCUGAAAAUUUUCUUGGUCCAAAUUCAAAUCUUGUUAAUCUUGAUAAUCUUAUGGGAUGUUCAUCUACUCCUGCUAUAACAAAAACUUCUGCAAAUCCGUUUUUGCCUAUAUCGCAACAACCUACUAAUCCAUUUAUAGUUCAACAAGGAACACCAUUAACAUUAAAUGAAUUAAUUCAAGUUCAGCAACGUUCACAAGAAAAACCAACAACAAUUAAUUUACAAAAUACAACCAAUACAUUUCCAUUAUUUUAA